AUGUUAAUUAAACCGUGGAAUGAAGGAACUGCACCACGUCAUUUCUUUGAAGAUGAUACUGAAAAUGUUGAAAUACCCGAAAUUAUAGUCCCUGAAGUAUCUGGAGAUUCAAUAUUAAUCAUUCCUAGUUCUUUAAAGAUUUUGGGUGAUUUUGAAAAGAAAGAAGUAGGGGAAAUUGUCAUAAAGUAUAAACAAGUUGAAGAACUUGAUGUUAAGGAUUAUGAUGAAGAUGAACAAUUAUAUAAUGCCAUGAAGUCAGUGAAAUAUCCUAAUUAUAAUAUCCCAAUUUAUAAAUUCAAUGGCAAUAUCGUUAUUAUAAUUCCACAUAUUUCCAACACUAUUGUGAUAAAUAAGUUAUCUGAAGCUUUAGUAAGUUUGAAAUUCGAAAAUUGGAUCACUUUAUCUCCUUCAAACAUUCCUCUAAGCUUAAAUAAAGUUGGGACCAUGGAUUUUAACGUCCCUCCAAUGAAACCUCCACAUUUCAUAACAGGAAUAUCAGCAUCUAUAAAUUCCAACUUAUACAAGAAAGGUAAGAAGUUUGUAGGAUUGGUUUUAAGAGGUGAAGGACAACCAGGUUUUGAAAUUAUCGAUGGUGAUGCUAUGGUUGAUGUAGCUUAUAUCUUAGAAUCUCACUUCAAAAUUGAUUUGGUUAAACAUGUCAGUGCCAAAGUCAGAAAAUUUACCUACUCCGGUAUGUAUAUAUAA